CACCUCCAUUUUGUUUCAAACUUUGAACUUCCAGUUUCAUUCUCCAUUUGUAUUUGACCACCACAUUUUUUUACUCUUUUAUUCCAAUAUCACCACUUUCUUUCUCUUCUUUUCUUCCUUCUCUCCAACUUUUUCUGUCUCUCCUUUCCCACUUUCACCACAAAGCAAGAAAAAUGGCUCCUUUCCUCUCCCUCUCUGUGAUUUUUCUCCUCCUCCAAUUUCCCUUCCUAUCCCUCUCAACCAAUCCUGAAGGAAAUGCUCUGCAUGAUUUGAGAAGCAGGCUUUCUGACCCCAACAACGUGCUUCAGAGUUGGGACCCUACUCUGGUUAAUCCCUGUACUUGGUUCCAUGUUACCUGUAACUCCAACAAUCAUGUGAUUCGCUUAGACUUAGGUAAUGCUAAUGUUUCUGGAACUCUGGGCCCAGAACUUGGCCAGCUUCAUCAUCUGCAGUACCUGGAGCUUUAUAAGAAUGACCUGAGAGGAAAGAUCCCUAAAGAACUUGGAAACUUGAAAACACUCAUCAGCAUGGAUUUGUAUGACAACAAGUUUGAGGGGAAGAUUCCAAAGUCAUUUGGCAAGUUGAAGUCACUAAAAUUCCUGCGGCUAAACAACAAUGAGUUGUCGGGAUCAAUCCCGAGAGAACUCACUCAUCUCCCCAAUCUCAAAAUCUUUGAUGUUUCUAAUAAUGACCUCUGUGGAACAAUACCAGUAGAUGGAAACUUUGGGUCCUUCCCAAUGGAAAGUUUUGAAAACAACAGACUCAGUGGUCCCGAGCUGAAAGGACUGGUACCAUAUGAUUUUGGAUGCUGAAGAAAGAUUGGAUUUGCAUAUUAUCUUAAAAGAAUGCAACGAAGAGGCUUGGUUUAUGCCGGGAGAAUCAUUAAGGGCGGUGUUGUUCACACAUCAAUAUUUCUUCACCAUUUUACUCUUAGGAAAAUAAAAAUAGGGAGAGUGAAUUCCAAUUUAUGUUUACUUGUUUUAUUAUAAAAAAAAUAGUGUGAGAUUGGUGAAAAAACAAACAAUUGUAUGUAAAUAACAUUAUGGGUUAAAUAUGUUUUUGAUCUUCGACUUA